GUCAAACUAAAAAAUUAUUCAUCUAGUCGGAAUAAAAUAACUAACGACGAUGUUUCCUUCGGUGUUGCGCACCUGUUCAAAAUUUUCCCGUGGAGUCUUGACCGUCGGGCGACAAUCUACAGUCAAACCGAUCACUGCUGUUUCUGCAAGGUUUAUGUCUGAGCACAAAGAGGAGACCGAUGAAGAAUUCUACUCAAGGUAUGAAGCAUACUUCAACCGUAGUGACAUUGACGGUUGGGAAGCUAGGAAAGCAAUGAACGAUCUGGCUGGUCAAGACGCAAUUGCCGAACCAAAAGUGAUUAUUGCUGCCCUGAAAGCUUGUCGCCGUCUUAAUGAUUAUGCCAUGGCAAUAAGAUUUCUUGAGAGUGUGAAAAUCAAAAGUGAAAUCGAUAAAAGCAUUUACCCAUACAUUUUACAAGAAAUCUCACCUACUCUUCAAGAAUUAGGUAUUGACACACCCGAAGCUCUUGGAUAUGACAAGCCAGAAUUAGCAUUAGAUGAUGUUGAUCACAUUUAUUAAAAAUAAUAUUUUUUUUGUAAUCACUGGCGUUCACCGUUCAAGUUAAAAAAUGUAUGUUAGAAAAAUAUUGUUAAUUUGUAUUGAAAAAAAAAGUAAUAAUAAAAACAUUAAACACUUA